AUGUUUCUCAAAAUUAACAAAGAACGAGGCAAACCAGAUUAACUAUUUCAAGCCAAACCUCAAAAUUUUUUUCCUUCUGAUGGUUUUAUCAGAAUAGCAAUAUAUCAUGUGACUUAAACCACUAAUGAAUGGUUGUUUUGGUUGUAAUUGAACUCACAGUUCCCUUCCUUUCACGCUUCGUUCCUCCUCUGUGUUGGCCUAAACAAUUUUUGUGGUUUAUACUAAAUUCUUGUGAGAAAACUUAUCCAUUAGAUGUGACCUUCACCAUCCUGAUCUUUCUCUAGCAGGCAAGAGGAGCAGCGAAGUCCAAACUAGUUUUUUAUUCAUGUGGCCAUCUUUCUUGGCUUCCAAACAUAAUUUUUCAGCCACAAGAAAAGUUUCACAUGAUUAAACCAUUUCUCUUUUUCCUUUUUCCCAUUGUAAUGUGAUAAGUCACAUGAAUUAAAUGCUCAUGAGGAUACUUCUUUCUUUUCUUCUUCCUCUUCGAUGCCACAACAUCUGUAUCCUUGUGGUUCAAAUGUUGAGAUACAAACCAGACAAAAGCAUGGUAAGACAUAAAAAGUAAUGGCUGCAAUGAUAAAUAUGGAGAUUUUUUUUAUGCAAUGCAAUUUGGAAGAAUGCUCACGGGAGGGAAAAAAGUUCCCAUAUCUCCAUGCAGUCUUCCAUGUUCACGCACUAACCAUUGCUGGUCCAAGUUGGAACCAUUCAUGUGCCAAUCAUUUACUGCAUUUCAAAGAAGAUGCAUUUCCAGCUUUAAACGGGAGUUAUAUGAAUGUUGACCAAAGCAAUGAGGAAUCAAAAGUGAAGCUUAGAGAAAUUCUUCCAGGCUCUCAUGCAGCUUGAGCCUUCUACUGUUAUACAGAGCACAAAAUUUUGCAGGAUUAACAUUUAGACCUUCAUUAACUUGUCAUGGUAGAAAAUAGUCAUAAUUCAGCCAAAAGAAAUAAAUAAAAAGAAGUCGGUAUAGAUCUGUUUAAGAUACAAGGAUAUAUAUUAGGAUGAAUAUGAAAUACCAUUCCUAGAGUAAAGGAGGAGCUGAAAAAAAAGGCAAAGGAAAUGCUAUUUUCUAGCAAUGGGAGGGAUGGCUGUUGGGGAACCAAUUUAAUGUGUGGUGAAGCGCACCUGUCUCAGACUGACGAACUGCAUCAUCUGACCAUGUUAAGCAUCCUCAUGCACAAUUCAAGCUCUGCACUCGCAAACAAAAUUUUCAUGGUCCACACAUCUCAUUCUUGUGCAGCUCCAUUAUUGCUAUAAAAACCUCAAAUAACCCUGUAUUAAUUUACAGAGGCAAAUUUUGUUGUUUUAACUCAAGGUUCUCAAGGUAAUAAUUUAGUGUUCAAGUACCAGACAGUAUGUCCAACAUUCAGCAACCUCUCAGUGCAGGCCAAACUCAGGGCCAGACCCAGGCUAAAACAGAACAAGUGACCCAGUCCGCUAAGGAUACAGCAAAUGCAGCAAGAGACAGCGCAGCAAAUGCUACUCAAUCAGCACAAGAGUCUGAUCAGCAAGAACAGGAGCAGACUGCUAGUUUCCUUCUUCAGCAGAUUCCGGCUUCACGUGUCAUGCACCUUUUAAUAACACCCCAUUUUAGGUUUCUCUCAAAUGUUGGGACCUUUUGGAACAUUACUGAUGAAUUUCCUGAAAGGAAUGCCAUGCUGUUCUGUGCUUUGGUUAGGAGACUGAAGAGGAUUCUGUCUUUGUUUCAGACUGGAAAGCAAGUGAAGGGCAUGGCUCAGGGUGCUAUGGAAACUGUGAAGAACACAAUUGGAAUGAACGACAAGAAAUGAAGUCAAAAGGAUUGAUCAUUUGCUUAUGGAAUUAGAUGCAGCUUUAGUAGAAUUGGUUGUUUUCUUUUGGAAAUUUAGGACUAAUUGGACAUUCUAGGUUGGAGAAUUCAUAUCAAACAUUAAGAAAAGUCUUCAGCUUAUUCUGUUUUGUAACUGAAUCCUUGAAUAACAUAUGUAAUAUUUAUUAGCAAUUUAUAGUCUGAUUGCUAUUUUUCUCAAAGACAUAUGUAAUAUUUCUUGAUUGCUAUUUUAAUUUUUCUCAAA